AGGAGCGAGUCAGGUUUUGAGGACGCUGCGCAGACGCCACUCACGGGUCGGACGUGACGUAAGGAGGGUUCCGGCUUCGGCCUCCGCCGCUGCCUCCGGUACCUCAGCUGCCGCCGCUGCCUUCGCCGUGGCUCGUUCUUCCUAAAAUGGCGCCGCUAGAUCUGGACAAGUAUGUGGAGAUAGCGCGGCAGUGCAAGUACCUUCCCGAGAACGACCUGAAGCGACUGUGUGACUAUGUUUGCGAUCUGCUCUUGGAAGAGUCGAAUGUUCAGCCAGUGUCAACACCAGUAACAGUGUGUGGGGACAUACAUGGACAGUUCUAUGAUCUUUGUGAACUGUUCCGAACUGGAGGUCAGGUUCCUGACACAAACUAUAUAUUUAUGGGUGAUUUUGUAGACAGAGGUUACUAUAGCUUGGAGACCUUCACUUAUCUUCUUGCACUAAAGGCUAAAUGGCCUGAUCGUAUUACACUUUUAAGAGGAAAUCAUGAGAGUAGACAGAUAACACAGGUGUAUGGAUUUUAUGAUGAGUGCCAAACAAAAUAUGGAAAUGCUAAUGCUUGGAGAUACUGUACCAAAGUUUUUGACAUGCUCACAGUAGCAGCUUUAAUAGAUGAGCAAAUUUUGUGUGUUCAUGGCGGCUUAUCUCCUGAUAUCAAAACACUGGAUCAAAUUCGAACCAUUGAACGAAAUCAGGAAAUUCCUCACAAAGGAGCAUUUUGUGACCUGGUGUGGUCAGAUCCUGAAGAUGUAGACACUUGGGCAAUCAGUCCCAGAGGAGCAGGUUGGCUUUUUGGAGCAAAAGUCACAAAUGAGUUUGUUCAUAUCAACAACUUAAAACUCAUCUGCAGAGCACAUCAGCUUGUACAUGAAGGCUAUAAGUUUAUGUUUGACGAGAAGCUGGUCACAGUGUGGUCUGCUCCUAACUACUGCUAUCGCUGUGGAAACAUCGCUUCCAUCAUGGUCUUCAAAGAUGUCAAUACGAGAGAACCAAAGUUAUUCCGGGCUGUUCCAGAUUCAGAGCGUGUUAUUCCUCCCAGAACUACGACGCCGUAUUUCCUCUGAGGCCAUUGCCAUCCUGCUGGCCCACUUUAUACCCUCUUUUACCCCAACUUUCUUGUACCCUCUACAAUAUACUUAUUAUUGAGCACUUUGCUGCUGAAAUGCUGCCUCUUGCCUUUUUUUUUUAAAUUAUCUAAAUUUAUUAUUUGUUAUGGUGUCGAUAGCAAUGUUUUCUAUCAGUUUUGUCACUCAUCCCAUCCCCACCUUGGACUUGUUUGAGAAAACCUGAGAAAUGUCUUAAUACUCACAUUGCUGCAUGUAGCUCUUGCUUAUUUACUGUUCUGGGGAAACAGGAAGCAUUUCCUCUUUUAAAAAGCCCAUUGACAAUUACAUGGAAAUCCUCAUUUGUAUCAGCCAGCCUUCUGCUUUUGUUUAGUAGGGUUAAGAAAUUUCAGCAGCAAAGUUGUCCAGUGGGCAGGAUGGACUGCAGAUGCCUGAGUCAUGUCCCCUUGUCGCAGCUGUAAACUUCACUGUCCAUUGUUGGAUGAUGAUUUGAUGUUUCAAAAGGGUAUAAAAUAAAUUGGUCUAAAGGGCUGCCCUCCUUGUUGUGUUUUUAAAUUUUAGUUAAAAACUGCUACAGCUUAUAACUUUGUACAUUAAGAUAAUUGUACUGAUCUUUUUUCAGAUUUCUUGUAUUUUUUAAUAAAGUAAUCUUAAAACCCAGAUAGGUUAAGUGUUAGAAAUUUUAAACAACUUACAUUGUUAGCUAAAGGUUACUUUUUUUUUUUCCUUGUUUUCCUGAGAGUUUUUGACCCUUUGGUUAUUGAAUCUAAAAUUUCAGUUGAAAUUCAAUAUUUAUUUUUUUAAAAUACCACUAAAUUGUGCCUAAAGAACAUAACUGCCAUAGUAACACUUUGAUUUCUAUCCUCUAUAGUAAUAGAAAACAUUUAAUAGUUGUAGCGCUGAUAUGUAGAUUUGAUGCCAAUUGAGUAGAAUGUGUUCAAUCCAGUUUACACUCUCCUGAGUACCAUCAAGUAAAUGAAUACUUUUCAGUAGCAAGCAUUCUCUCGCUGUAACCUUUGACCUUAACUUUUACAAAGUAUUCAGUUUUUAACAGCAACUUUAAAGGCUGAAAUAUCAGAACCCUUGUGUUUGUGAACUGUAAUCUGAAGCAGAUUAUUUAAAGUGUGGGAAAAAAACAGGCUGUUUGCUUGUGAAGGUCUGUCAUGCCAUAUUUCAACUUUGUGUGUGUAAUUUGACUAUCUAAAGGGUUGUGAUGAUCAGUUCUUGAUAUGUAAUUGUCCACUUAAUAAGGACAAGUAUAUCAUUAUCUCUUAUGACUGUUGUCAUAGAUGACUUAGGAUGUACCAUCUUGUGAAAUUUUUGGUGUCCCUUUAUAAUGAUAAUCAUCUUUUGUCAUCCCAGGAAAUCCAUGUGAAGCAAUUGAUUAAAGCACUUUAGCAUCUGUUCAGGUAGUUUUAAAAAACAACUUUUCCCCUCCAGGAUAAGAACUUCCAGGUUACCUAAAAAUGCAAUAAAAAUCUUAAUAGUCUAA